AUGAAGAAAUCGGCGCAUAUGCCGGCGGCCAGUGAACGCCCGCUCUACAGGAACGCGUUCGACAGAGCGGAGCAUGCCUCACUGUGGGCGUUGGACAAGACCAAGUUCGACCGAACCAAACCGGCGGAAACGCUUGCCGAUCUCAUCACGCCGCACGCCCAUGGACACAAGUUUACGAACUCAGGGAUCACCAAAUACGCGCACUACGUAAACGUCUGGGAGCCCGUAUUUCCUCGAACGCCUGAUGUGCAAAAGGGAGAGCUCAUAUCCGGAGCCAAUUUCACGCGUACUAGCGGAUGGCAUCUACCAGGAGAACCCGCGAUUGUCUCGGUUGGAAAGUUGGCACCAGACAACCAAAGGGCUAUCGGUUACGCCGAGAACGCUGUUGUGCCCGACUCAAUUACACCAGACGCAUUCCCGGACUUCAGCGAGUACAGGCUGCCCAAGGGAACUGACAGAAGAGCGGCCAUAUACCUCAUGUCAGCGACGGCCAUGUUCUUCUUCCUCGCGUUGGGCAGGUCCAUCGUGUGCAAAGUCAUACACUUCUUCUGGGUGGCGAGGGACGUCGCUGCUAGCGGCUCCAUAGAGGUUAACGUCUCCCAGAUGAUACCCGGGGAUCAAAUCACCGUCAAGUGGAGGGCGAAGCCCGUCUUUAUCAAAAGGCGCACGCGCGAAGAAAUUGAGCGCUCAAGGAAGGACGACGAAAUCGUCGACUCCAUGAGGGACCCGGAACUGGACUCGGAAAGGAACGUGAACCCAGAGUGGCUGGUCAACAUCGGUAUAUGUACCCAUCUGGGCUGUGUUCCUACCAAGGGAGGCAACUAUGGCGGUUACUUCUGCCCAUGCCACGGAUCGCACUACGAUGCCUCGGGCCGAAUCAGACAAGGGCCCGCCCCAGCAAACCUGGAAGUACCACCCUAUAAAUUCAUUGACGAAAACACAAUCAAACUAGGGUGA